CCGGUGAAAUGGAAUAAAACUAAAACAAAAUGCCGAUGAAAACGAGUUUGAUGCUAGGUUUGUGCUUUGCUGCACUAUCUAUCAGUCUAACUGGAACAUUCUUCUCUAACAUUGCACCAGAGAAGAAAUUCUACGCUUAUAGAUUGCAGAUCGGUUGUUUGUUUAUCGUCAUGGUGACUUUUCUGUCAAGAUUUUUGUGGUUUCAGCUAACAAGCGAGUUCAGUCGCUCUUCUUUGAUAGGAAAGGUUUUUCGAUGUGUUUUGUUGUUGAUCCUCAUUCUUGGCAGCUUAAGCAUGAUAUUAGGGUACAUAUUUGUUGGUCCUGAGCCGUACUUUAUCACAAAGACAGCGUUUUUGUGUUUAGGAUUCAUGUUCAUAACAUCAUUCAAUGUUCUUGUUUGGAAUGUGUUAUGCCAACUUAAUUUYACUUGGAACCCAUUCCAGAGGAAAGCUGGUAUAAUAAGACCGUUUGUUAUUUUUGGAAUAUCAAUUAGUAUGUGUGCAGCAGGAUUUCACAUGGCCUUAGUUGGUAGAAAGGUUAUAAAUAUUAAUAUUGAGAUGUCCAGACUUCCUGUUUCAUUGAAUGGCACAAGACUUGUUCAACUUUCUGACAUUCAUAUUGGUCCAACUGUUGGGAAAUCAGUUAUGGAGAGUAUUGUUCAGCGUGUCGUGGAUGUACAGCCAGAUCUAAUUGUUAUAACUGGAGAUCUAAUUGAUACCAGUGUUAAGUCUAUAGUUCCUGCAGCUUCACCAUUAAAGAAACUUAAAGCAAAAUACGGAUGCUUCUUCGUCACAGGAAAUCAUGAGUACAUCGCUGGAAAUGUGAAUUUCUGGUUUGGUGAGCUACAGAAACUAGGCAUCAGACCUCUCCACAACCAGCAAGUACAGAUAGCCAAUCCUGUGUCGCCGUCUGACUUUGUAUAUUUAGCAGGUGUAGAUGAUAUCCAGGCAAACCCUUACCUAUUUCCUGGACAUGGCAUGGAUCUGAAGAAAGCUCUCAAAGAACGAAACCCGGACUAUCCCACAAUCCUAUUAGCACACCAGCCUCAUGCGGCUAAAAAGGCUAUCAACUUGUACAGUAAUAUUGAUCUAAUUCUAUCAGGCCACACUCAUGGAGGACAAUUUUUCCCUCUUCACAUACCUAUUUAUUUGUGGAAUCCAUUUUUCAAGGGACUCUACAAAAUUAAAGAUACUUGGAUUUAUGUAUCCUCUGGAACUGUUUAUUGGGGCAUUCCAAUCAGACUUGGUUCURCUCCUGAAAUAACUGUUUUAACACUUAUAAAAAAAUAGAACACUUAUAAAAAAAUAAAAUUAAAAUGGAUGGAGAAAAAGAAGCGUGCACUGGCCGGGAAUCGAACCCGGGCCUCCCGCGUGGCAGGCGAGAAUUCUACCACUGAACCACCAGUGCAUUGCAUGUAAGAAGAGGCGUUUCUUAAUUAUUUAUUCGACGUAUAUCAUUUUUGCAUUAUUCCAAAURUUAUUAUUUUCAAUCAUAUUGUCAAAUACCACAGCUUGUUUUUUAAAUAGACUUAUAAAAGUU